UGCACUUUAUUUCUGUAUAAAGUGCAAUGGCAUUUCCCAUGGAUAUCGCGUGCGUUUGUUUGAUACUUCUGUCCUGUCAUUGGGCGCAAUAAUACAAAUGGGCGGAGCUUAUUAACUACGGAACUAUUUUUUUCAAUGAAAUCGUAGUAAAAUUAUUGGCAACCUGUCAAAAUAAUGCAGACGACGAAAACUUCAGUAAACAAGAGAAAACAAAAUGAGCAACGAUAAUUUAAUUGAUUUUAAUCUAGAUUUUGAUUUCAUGAUGGAUGGAACAUUUGAAGAACUAUUAAAUGACAAUGAUGAUGACUUAUUUCGGGAUUUGGAAUUAACAUUUAGUGAUUGUAAAGCAUCUGACAAUUCAACAAAACCUGCAAUCAAGGAAUUGAAACAAGAACAGAAGGAAGAAGGAGAACUGAAGGAAGAACAAGAAGAUUGUAACAGGUUUAGAAGGGUAGGCGAGGAAGACAUAAAGGUUUUUGAAGAGUCUCACCAGUCAAAGAGAACAAGAGAAAACACAAAAUGGGCAGUAAAGGUAUUUCAAGAUUGGCAUAGAUCUAGGUAUGCUGAGCCUCUAAACACGUCUACUGUCUCAGAAGAGUUACUUGGCCAGAUUUUGCGCAAGUUCUACUGCGAAGUCGCCCCGCAGCCAUCAGAAAGGCGCUCAAAUGCUUUCGGAGCUGGGUCUAAGGUGUACCACAAGAAUAGUAUGAAGAACAUACGAUCUGGUCUGAACAGACAUCUGACCGACCUUGGCCGCAACAUGGACAUUGUUAAUGGCACAUCAUUUAAGGAUGCAAAUCGCACACUUGAUGGCUUCAUGAAGGAACAAACUUAGGCCUGACUUUCCCGACCCACACAUCACAAGCCUAUCAUCGAGCAAAGCGACUUUGAAACCAUUUCCAGGUUCUUCGCCAAUGCUCCAUGCUCUCCAAUUAUUCUUCGACAGUGUGUAUGGUUCCAACUUGCUCUCCACUUCGUGUCACGCGGCCUUGAAUUUCAUCACCAGCUUCAAAUCGACUCCUUUGAGUUUACUGAAGACCAUGAUGGAAUUGAGUAUGUCACCCUGAAGCACGAGACGCAGCAAAACAAAAUUCCAGGGUGGGCUUACCAAGGAUGAGGCUCCAUCAGACCGCAGAAUGUAAACGACAGGUGGCCCAUGUUGUCCUGUAGCAAAGUUAAAGUUACUCAUCAAUAAA